AUGGAGUUCAGGGAUACCAAAACAAGCUUGAGAGAUAUCCGCAGGCUAAAAUUGGAAGAAGAAAAAGAAAUGAAUCUUUCGGAACAAGAAAAAGAACUUUCAAAUGCAAUAGAUACUCUUGACUUGGAGAAUUCAAAUCAUCGUGCUUACGCUGCAGGGUUUAUGAUGGUUAGGCCUGGUAUAAAACCAGAGAAGUCUGAUAUACAGUUGUUCUAUACAGAUGAAUAUGAUCUGUUGGUCGAUAAUCCUGAUGAUUUCGAGGAAAAGAGUACGGUUAUGCUAAAGAGUUUUAUUAAUGCCAUAAUUAAAGCGGGGAAAAAAGAAAGAAGAGUGACUGUGGCCUACUUUCACAAUUUAGCAGGGUUCGAUGGGAAAAGUUUUGCCCCUGAAUUAGGCGGGAAGGGAGAAAUGGACUACCUAAAAGUGAACAUUAGUAAUCUAACUAUGAAAAAGAGAGAUUAUUUACAGUAUCUCGAAAAGGAUAUUUUAUUGACAGCCGCUAUUCUACAAAAAGCGCAAGAAAUCUAUUUUCAAUUAUAUAAUGUGGAUAUAACUUCAGUUAUAACUAUAUCAUCAAUGGCGUUAAGAAUAUUUCGGACCAAAUAUUAUGAUGAUUCGAAGGAAGAGACACGGAUCUAUAUCCCUGACGAUAACCAAGACCGUUUUAUUAGGGGUGGAUACUACGGUGGUCAUACAGAUGUAUAUAUACCAUAUGGUGAAAAUCUGAAAUUGUAUGAUGUAAAUUCUCUAUAUCCAUACAUAAUGCAGAAUUGUUUAAUGCCUGGUGGGAGAGGAGAAUGGUUAUCUGAUCUUCGAAAUGCUAAAUUAGAGAAUUUGUUUGGGUUUGUUAAAGCAAUGGUAGUAUGUCCAAAGGAUAUGAACAGGCCUUUUCUACCUUAUAAAGAGAAUACUGGACAACUCAUAUUCCCAACAGGAUUGUUUUUAGGUGUUUACUGGUCAGAAGAGUUGAAAUAUGCGGAAAAGCUGGGUUACAAGGUGUAUCCAUUACAAGCAUUACAGUAUAAAAUGAUCAAAACACCUUUCAAAGAAUUUAUCAAUGAUUUGUAUAAUCAAAGACUUGAAGCUAAGAAAAAUGGUGAUGAAGCGUUGUCAUUUGUAUUGAAGACAACAAUGAACAGUCUUUAUGGCCGUUUCGGUAUAUCGCCUGAAAGCACUAAGACAGAAAUAGCUGUAAGUAAAGAAGAAUUUGAAGCAGGCAUAGAGAAAGAAGGGUAUUACGAUUUUAGACCCCUAGGUAAUGAUACUUAUGUAAUGAUGUAUAAACAGAGCAGAAGAGCAGAAGAUAUUCUCGAUGAUAUAAAAAAAGACCUCUCAAAUAGUGCCGUUCAUAUAUCUGCAGCUAUUACAGCCUACGCCAGGAUAUAUAUGUAUCCACAUAUCUCAAGGGAAGAUUGCUAUUACACUGACACAGACUCUAUUGUUAUUAAAGGCUCACUUAAAGAAGAUAUGAUUUCACCUACCGAAAUAGGUAAGUUCAAGAUUGAAUACGAUAAUAUUGAAUCUGCUAUCUUUGACGCACCCAAGGAAUAUAUGUUGGUGAUUGGUUUACCUGAUACUGAUGAAAAGAAGAAUGUAAUCAAAUUCAAAGGGGUUGGCCAUGACGCGGCUGACCCCGAGUGGUUCAGGAAGCGGGCGGAGAACCCAGGUUAUAAACAGACAGUGAUCUACAGAAACUAUUUCUGUAAGGAUUUUAAAAAUCUGGAAAUAGGUUAUCGUAAAAGUAAAGUUACUAUGGGAGAGGAAAAAGAGAAGAAAAAGAGAGAACCGGUUUACGAUGGAAAGAGAAUUGUUGGAACUAAACCUAGGCAUUUAAAUGUUGAUGAUCUAAGAAGUCUUGAUCAUAGGGCUGUCAAAAUAUUGGUCCAUUUAUUGAGUAAGCAUGAUGAUCUCAAGAAAAUAUUGGAUGAUAAUGGUAUCGCUUAUGAGGAAACAAAGCCGUUUAUUCGACCAGAUGAGAAGGAGACCUACAAGUCUAGCAUAGAGACUGUAUCUGAUAGCAUAGAGACUGUAUCUUCUAAGAUAGAAAUAGUAUCUGAUAGCAAAGACUCACUAUAUGAUGAUAUCGAUGAUGAUGAAAGUGGUAUAUGA